AUGGACUCAGAUUUAUUACCCGAACUACAGAUAUGCUCGAAGUCAAAGUGCAAAAAUGUUCUCCCUCAUGAUAGUACCUGGAAAACAUGUGAGAGGUGCCGAGAGUAUGACAAAAUCAAUGCAGCUGCUCGGAGGAAGAGAAAAAGAGAGGCCCAACCCGAAGAGCCGAGGCCUGCCCCACCCCCUCCACUGGCACCUAUGGCACCAACUGUGGUAGCUAGAACAGCUGGAAACAAUGCAGAACAUCCAAUAGCUGUGGAAAGUGACUCUUCAGAGGGAAUCCAUAGUCGAAGCUACAAAGAUAGUCAAAGUCUCUUCAUGGAGCUCCGAAGAGCUUUUAAGACUUCGAAGGUCAUUUCCUUCUAUGGACACUAUACCGUGCUUGUAGAUCCACUCAUGAAUGAACGAGAACAAGUCAAAAUGACUGCUUUUGAAAUUUGGAAGAUUACUGGAUACAGAUUUAAAGUGAAGGAUCACUUCAUGUUGAAAAUGGGUCAUAAGACUCGAUUCUGGUGCUGUCAAGACGUCUCACGGAAGCAGAAGGCCCGUCCAAGUCAAAAAGAAGGUGUCAAACACCGUGAUACAGUGGGGAUGAAAUGUUUCGACUGUUACAGCACUCUUGUUGUGUCAUGUUGCCAACACACCCCUGACGAUAUUGAUCAGCGGACCUUGUCCAUCCAUAUCGAGCAUCACGACUCACACACGCCAUACUUUGACAUCACAAUGCCAGCGGAGGCAACAGAAAUCAUCUGCAAUAACCUCGAGUGGAGUAUACCGAGCACAUUGGUACCAAGGAUUCAGGGACUCUUCUCGAACAUCACAUCCAAACAAGUUCAUUCUGCUUGGUCGUGCAUGAGCCAAAUCCUGUGGAAGAAGGACGAAAAUCAACUCACAUCUGCAAAAUUAUUGCUUGACGAGCUCGCAGGGGAUGUAGAUAUAUUUGAUAUUGAAGAGGUUGAUGGUGUUGAGCAAGUCUGCUGGGGGAUGAAGAAGAUUGCAAAGUCCCUUCAUAAAAAUGUCGUCGAAAUUGCCCUUGAUGCAACCUAUAACACGAACUCAAAGCACCUUGAACUAUAUAGUGUCCUUGGCGAGUUUGAUAAUGCUGGGUUCCCACUGUCGUACUGCCUGUUAUCCACUGCAACGUCAAUUGAGAUUGGAAAAUGCACCACUGCACUGCGGAAGUGGGCACAGUGUCUUCGAGACAAGUAUGGUGUUGUCCCUGCCUUCGUUCAUGUUGACAAGGACAUGGCGGAGAUCAGCAUGUCGAAAACACGGGCACACAAGGAAUUCUCGUUCAUAGACGUCAACUUCAGGCCAUCAGGGACAUCUGAUCCAAACGAGCAUGAGGGAGGCAUGCUUAUUCAACCAGACAAAACACAGGAUGACACACCUGUUCCAACACUGGCAUUCCAUAUCCCAAAUCCAUCUCAAUUUCCAAGUCAGCCACUCCCAGACUCAUAUCACAACAUCAAUGAUCGCAAGGACAUACCCACAGAAUUUCGUGAACACGUCAUUGAAAUGAUGGAACGGCACUUCUGCGCACAUCCACUUAUCCCCGGAUACUCACACCCAAGCGCUGCAGGAAUAAGGCAGUGGGCAGUGCGCCAGAUGUACACAUUUUGCCGGGAGCACGACCUCUGUGAACUGUGGGCCUACCUUUGGGAGAACUGGUACAAAAAGGGCCGUUUUGAGCUAUGGGCACGUUCAGCGGGUGACAAGAUACCUCAACUAAAAACGACGAUGAUCAUGGAGAGCCAGAGUUGUCGUCGUGGUGAAAAGAAUUCAAAAGAGACUGGCUGCAUGCAGCCAACACCCCGAUCACGGUACCACUCAACCCCAAAUAUCGACCGGAUCCCCAUCGUUGGGUCUGCACCUGCCCGAAUUUUGUUAAAACUCGGUUUCUCGUUUGUGCAACGGAACCGCACGAUACCAUUUUGGACACAUCUGUUGCUCGUUCCCCUCGAUUCCUGUCCGUCGCCGCUCGCCACUGCUGCAAUGCCUGUUCCUGUGCCACUGGAACCAGCGAACGAGGGGGAAAUGGAAUCAGGUGACGAAGUUGGUGAUGGUGCGGAAGAUGACCUUGUGGAUACGUUCUGUCAACAGCUCGACACCAGGACAUUCCAGGAACGCAUGCUCACACAUGUCAAGAUCCGUGAUUUCUGUGAUGGCCUUGAGUAUCAAAUUCAAUUUAAUGACUAUAGAAUGCUUACCGUUCUCGAACGCAAUGGCUCAUCAUUUCUCCGUCUGGCAGAUAAUUGUCUCAGUCGUGAACGACGAGAAAACUCGUCUCGAUCGCGGAGCCCAACAACCUGGGAAAAAGGGACCGCCAGCGCAAUGUUUUAUCGUGCUCGUUCAUCAUCCCAGUGACCACAUUCAUAAUCAAUCUAUUAACCACUUAAUCCCUCUAGCUAGUACAGUACAUAUAUCUCUUUAUUCAUUGCCAUUGUCACAUACUAUAUACUUAAUACAUA